CCGAGCACCGCCUCCGGGCGAACCUGAGCAGCCGCCUGAGAGCCUCCCUGCAGUUAUCCGGGACCCUCGCGGGAGGCGGUUUCCGCAGCCGCGGUUGUCCUUCGCGGGUUUGCUCCUUCGCGUCGUGUGGAGCAGCCGGGCUGUUUGGACAUCUCAAGUACAGCGGGCUGCGAGUUACUGAAGGUGUUUCGGAUGGACUCCCCUUCCCAAGGAACGCGCUCACCAAAGGACAUGGAUGAAAAUGAAAACAGCCAGUCUCCAAUGACAAGCUACCAAUAUCCUAAAGAAACAGUAAGGAAGCGCCAAAAUUCAGUACAGAAUUCAGGAGGAAAUGUGUCUUCCAGGUUUUCCAGGAAAAGCUUCAAACUGGAUUAUAGACUAGAGGAAGAUGUAACUAAAUCGAAGAAAGGAAAAGAUGGGAGAUUUGUUAACCCAUGGCCAACAUGGAAAAACAUCUCUAUCCCAAAUGUUCUUAGAUGGCUGAUAAUGGAGAAGGACCACAGCAGUGUUCCAGGUUCCAAAGAGGAACUUGACAAAGAACUCCCAGUGCUUAAGCCGUAUUUUAUCAGUGACCCUGAAGAAGCUGGAGUGCGAGAGGCUGGCUUAAGAGUCACAUGGCUGGGACACGCAACGCUGAUGGUGGAAAUGGAUGAGCUCAUAUUCCUUACAGACCCCAUGUUCAGCUCCCGCGCUUCUCCCUCACAGUACAUGGGUCCAAAGCGAUUUCGCCGUCCCCCGUGUACAAUAAGUGAACUUCCCAGAAUCGAUGCUGUCCUUAUUAGUCACAACCACUAUGACCACCUGGACUAUGGCUCUGUCCUCGCUUUGAAUGAGCGAUUUGGCAGUGAGUUGAGAUGGUUUGUGCCUUUGGGUCUUCUCGACUGGAUGCAGAAAUGUGGCUGUGAGAACGUGAUUGAGCUGGACUGGUGGGAGGAGAAUUGCGUCCCUGGCCAUGAUAAGGUCACUUUUGUCUUCACGCCUUCCCAACACUGGUGUAAAAGGACCCUCAUGGAUGACAACAAGGUUCUGUGGGGCAGUUGGUCUGUGUUGGGGCCUUGGAAUCGAUUCUUCUUCACUGGGGAUACUGGUUACUGCCCUGCUUUUGAAGAGAUAGGAAAGAGGUUUGGUCCCUUUGACCUUGCAGCUAUUCCCAUUGGAGCUUAUGAACCAAGGUGGUUUAUGAAAUACCAGCAUGUUGACCCAGAAGAUGCUGUAAGAAUUCACAUUGAUGUUCAAACGAAGAGAUCUGUGGCAAUUCACUGGGGAACUUUUGCCUUAACUAAUGAGCAUUACUUAGAGCCUCCAGUGAAACUGAAUGAAGCUCUAGAGAGAUACGGACUUAAAAGUGAAGAUUUCUUUGUCCUAAAGCAUGGAGAAUCAAGAUACUUGAAUACUGAUGAUAAAGCUUUUGAAGAAACAUGAAAAUGGAAAUUUUCAGUGAAAACAAAAGAGAAGAUUAAGAAAUUCACAAAUAUUGACAUUUUUCUCGCGGAAACAACUUCUGCAAGUGUGUGUUUUGUUUUGCAUUGUAACUUGCCAAUCGAUAAGCCUCAUUUACAUAAACUGAGAGUCCAGGGAGGGUUAAGGAACUGUCAAUGUAGACUUAAAAAAAUACCAAUGACACAAACAUUAUAUAUAUAUGUUAUAUAUAUAAUGAAAACACUACAUUUUAGUGGUGGUAGAAUUUUUGAGGUUGUAAAAAGCUGACAUAAAAGUUUCAUUUCUUUUUCUGUUAUUCAGGGCUUUCUACAAAGCCCUACUUAGUUUUCAGACACACACACCUUUCUUAUAUUCAUAUUAUAAUGAUGAACAUGAUUUCCACAUGCUGAGUAAACGCUUCAGGUUUUACUGUCAGGAUGAGCUGCUGGUCAUGGUGAUGCAUAUCUUCAAUCCCAGCACUCCAGAGGAUGAGGCAGAUAGAUUACAAGUUCAUGGUCAACCAGAGCUAAGACCCUGUCUCAGGAGGAAACAUUAACUUACAUGCCAAAUGUUAAGUGAUUUAUUUUGUUAAGCAUAAGAAUGUAGGUGUUUGGGCUAAAUUAUCAUUUAAAUUUUUUUUAUUGUGGCUAAAUAUACAUUGUAUAAAACUAUAAUUUCAACUAUAGUGAAAAGCUCCUUGGCAUUAACAAUUCACAUUCUUCUGCAUCCAUGCACAUCUUAAGUUUCUAAGAGGGCAAUAUCUACAGAGCUGCACCCCAAGUUUAAAGCUGAUGGUCAGAGAAGAGAACAGUGUGGGGUUGAGACAUAGGGGAAGUUUAAAUUUCAAAGUCAGACAUUCUGCUAAGCACAACUGUAAUUACAGUGAAGUAUCUCACACACCAAAAUGUGAAUACAUCAUGCACUUAGAAUUUUUAUUUUUUUUACUUUCCAUUUUCUGUACACACACACACACACACACACAUACACACACACACACACACACACACACACACACACACACACACACACACACUUUUUCCUGUUCUCUAAGCUCUAACCCCAAAUAUAACAAUAAGUAUGUUUUACAUGGCUUGGACGUGUUAUAUAUUUUUAUAUUAAAUGACCUAUAAGCACAAUUGUACUUUUUAGUAAACCAUUGUGAAAUUACAGUAGUUUUUAAAGCUUCUGAGUGUCUGCUGACCAGAGUCUUUGGCCAGUAUGCCUCUGCAUCCGCAGGUUUGUUGUGAACCUUCAGGAAGUGAGCUGCCCAGGUGUUAGUGAGGGUGCUUCUGACUCAGACCAAUGAAAUCAACUUCCUUGGCACAAAAUACAGUAGACUUUCUCUAGAUAUCAAAUAUGCAGGGAGUACUCAAUACUCUGAUGUAUUUGCAUGGGCAUUUGCAUGCCACACCUUGGCCUCUCAUCAGAAUUUCACCCUUCUGUCAUUACCCCAAAACAAAUGACUUGUGUUCAGCCCCGAUCUCAUUAUGUACAACAAGAGGACAAUGUCAACCUACCUCGAGGGGAAAGUGAUAUAUAUUUUUUUUAAACAGCACUUUAGAAAUCUAAGGGAGAAAACAUUUUAAGAUAUGACUGUCUGAAACUGACAGGUACAUGGAAAGCAAGCAAUGCUUUUGAUAAUACAUUGUUUUUGUUGCAAACACCAAACUGGAGACUGACUUUAGAGGGAAGUAGCCAAUAUAAACGAUCAUCAGAAUUUAAUAUUUUUAUAUAAAAUAUUCAUAUCAGUCAAGGGGAAAUGUGUAUUGUAAUAUUGUGUGUACAGUGACAGUGACUUGGAGUCCAAAGCCCAAGAUACCAUUAGAAUCAGCUUCAGUAAUCUCCCGCUGCAAAUGGCUAUGUAUCCAGACAGUAGGGCUCUGGAUGCAGCCUGGGGGACAGUGCUCCACGUGGCACCCUUGCAGCCAUCUUGUCAUACUCAAACUUCUCUUACUUCAGCCAUUGAUAAACUUGCUCAAGUACUUCUCCAUGAAUGGCCUUAACAUUGCUUUUGUCUCCACAGGCACUGUUUGAGGCUCUCCAGGUGCUUUGCUUUCUAGUCACUUGAACUGGGCCCACCUCCUUGUUCUAGGCUUCCUCAUGAUUUGUUUCUUUCUCUGUAUAAGCCCAUUCAUUAUGAAGUACAUCACAUAUCUCUUUAACACAAGCACCCUAUUUUCACUUUAUUUUUCUAAUCUACAUUUCAAAGGAUGUAUGUGUAAAGUGAAAAUAAAUUUUGAAAAAUGUA